AUGAGUCGCAGGCGCUGUGUUGAAACCUCCACAGGAGAGAGACGAGCUACUUAUAUUCCGGUCAAGCAAGAGCUACUAGGAGCAUUGCUCAUCAUCGAAGUCGUCGACGGCGGCACGGGCGGCGCGGGGGGCACGGGGGCGGCGCCGCGCGCGGGCGCGUCCGGCGGCGCGCGCCACGCCGCGCUGUACAGCGCGGUCGCCGCGCACGCGCCGCUCAGCGGCCCCACCCAGUACACCUGCAGCCAUCGUACAGUGGACAGUCAGUCAGCAGUCAAAGCUGUGGAGCUCGUAGGACUUCAU